GUCCAUGAUAGACAGUCCGUUAAGCGUGCUCGGCCAGAGGACGACUGGCGAGUCCGUGAGGUCUCAAAACGUCAUGGCCGCUGCAUCCAUUGCUAACAUCGUGAAGAGCUCUCUCGGUCCCGUCGGAUUGGACAAGAUGUUGGUGGACGACAUCGGAGACGUGACCAUCACCAAUGACGGGGCCACCAUCCUGAAGCUGCUGGAGGUCGAACACCCGGCUGCUAAAGUCCUCUGUGAGCUGGCAGAGCUGCAGGACAAGGAGGUUGGAGACGGCACUACAUCAGUGGUGAUCAUUGCGGCUGAGCUGCUGAAGAGUGCGGAUGAGCUGGUCAAACAGAAGAUUCACCCCACCUCCAUCAUCAGCGGAUACAGACUGGCCUGCAAGGAGGCUGUCCGCUACAUUAAUGAGAAUCUCACCAUCGGCACAGAUGACCUGGGUAGAGAGUGUCUCCUCAACGCCGCCAAGACCUCCAUGUCCUCCAAGAUCAUCGGAGUUGAUGCUGAGUUCUUCGCUAAUAUGGUGGUCGACGCCGCAGUGGCUGUAAAGUUUGUGGACGGUAAAGGGGUUGCUCGGUAUCCCAUCAACUCUGUCAAUGUGCUGAAGGCUCACGGACGCAGCCAGAAGGAGAGUUUCCUGGUCAAUGGAUACGCACUCAACUGCACUGUCGGCUCACAAGGGAUGGUAAAGCGUGUGGCCAACGCUAAGAUAGCCUGUCUGGACUUCAGCCUGCAGAAAACCAAGAUGAAGCUGGGCGUUCAGGUGGUCAUCAAUGAUCCGGAGAAACUCGACCAAAUCAGACAGAGGGAAUCGGACAUCACAAAGGAACGUGUUCAGAAGAUCCUGGCAUCAGGGGCGAAUGUGGUUUUGACCACAGGAGGAAUCGACGACAUGUGUCUGAAGUAUUUCGUGGACGUGGGGGCCAUGGCGGUGAGAAGAGUCCUGAAGAAAGACCUCAAGCGCAUCGCUAAAGCUACUGGAGCCACGGUUUGCUCUUCUCUGUCCAACCUGGAGGGCGAGGAGACAUUCGAGCCGUCCAUGUUGGGUCAGGCAGAGGAGGUGGUGCAGGAGAGAGUGUGUGACGACGAGCUCAUCCUCAUCAAGAACACAAAGGCGCGCACCUCUGCCUCCAUCAUCCUGCGCGGGGCCAAUGAUUUCAUGUGUGAUGAGAUGGAGCGCUCUCUGCAUGACGCCCUGUGUGUGGUGAAGCGAGUGCUGGAGUCUAAAUCUGUGGUGCCAGGAGGAGGCGCUGUGGAGGCUGCUUUGUCCAUCUAUCUGGAGAACUACGCAACCAGCAUGGGCUCCCGUGAGCAGCUGGCUAUUGCAGAGUUUGCUCGCUCUCUGCUGGUCAUUCCUAAAACUCUGGCCGUGAACGCAGCGCAGGACUCCACUGACCUGGUGGCCAAACUCAGAGCCUUUCACAAUGAGGCUCAGGUCAACCCCGAUCGCAAGAACCUCAAAUGGAUUGGUUUGGAUCUGGUAAAUGGAAAGCCAAGGGAUAACAAGCAGGCAGGAGUGUACGAACCCACGAUGGUCAAAACCAAGAGUCUGAAGUUCGCCACCGAGGCGGCCAUUACCAUCCUUCGAAUCGAUGACCUCAUCAAGCUCUUCCCUGACCAGAAAGAAGGCGGGCCCUCCUAUCAGGACGCCGUCCAAUCAGGCUCUCUAGAGGGUUAAGGUCUCUCAUUGGCUGAUUCUGGUGUCACUCCGCUCAGCUUUGUAUUUAUAUGUGGAUCCAACUGAUGAGCUGUUAGUAGUUUUUUUGUUUGUGUUACUUAUUUUUUUGCUAUUAGCAUGGCUGUCUGUCAUGUUUAAUGUAAAAAAAGUUCCUUUUUCUGCCAUUUCAAAGUAAAUAAACCAGAUUGGUGGUGUGAAAAAGAGA